AUGCCUUCCCUCAAAUCCCCUCCCGUUAUUGACUUUUCAGACUUCUUAUCUGGUGAUCCUAAGCGCAUGCAGCAUGUCGCCGAUCAAAUCCACGAGGCCUGUACUACCCAGGGCUUCUUCCAGAUCAUCAACCACGGUAUUUCUCUACAGCUCCAGAGAGACACCAUGAAAGCAUCCAAGGAGUUCUUCGCUCUUGAUGCGAGUGAAAAGAUGAAGUUGGACAAGUCCAAGGCAAGCUUCAGGAGAUUUUACACCUUUUCUCACCAUCUGAGUCUAACACUAGAAACAGAACAAAUACAACCGCGGUUACGAGGAUACUAUGUCUCCCGCGACCUACCUAUGAACCACCCACAAGUGAAAGCGGAGAAGUUUGCUCACGGUCCGAACGUUUGGCCAGAGUCUCUUGGGGAGCCAUUCCGCAAGAUUUGUAUGGAGUAUCUGGAUGAAAUCAUCAAGCUCACCGAAGAAGUGCUUCGUGCUACUUCUAUGAGCCUUGGUUACGAUGCCAAUUACUUUGACGAAUUUUGCAAAGACCCCAUGUGCUUCUACAAGAUGCUUCACUACCCUCCCCAACCUGCUGAUGCGCACGCGCUCCAACGAGGAAUUGGUGCCCAUCGUGACUUUGGUGUGAUUACACUGCUUCUCCAGGGCGACGUUGCCGGCCUCGAGGUUUGGGAUGACGACGCGAAGGACUGGUACCCCUGUCCUCCCGUCGAGGGCGCCUACGUUGUCAAUAUGGGCAACCUGUUCGAACAAUGGACCAAUGACGUGUACAUCUCCAACGUCCAUCGCGUUAUUAACCGGUCGGGAACUGAGAGAUACAGCAUUCCGUUCAAUUACAACGGCAACCCUGACUUCGUCAUCAAGUGUCUGGACAAAUGCCGUGCGAAGUCUGACGAUGAGAAGUAUGCUCCUGUCAGUGUCGAAGACUACGUUGUGCAAAAGUACAAGGAUGUCUACUCUCGUGCUGGAGUUUACAAACAGGACACUUUUGCGCCUACAAAGACGGUCGUUGCCUAG